CUGAGUCCGAGCUCAGCAGAGACGCAAACAAUCUGUUCCGUUUUUCCCUGCUCCUACUCUCCUCUGCUGGUUGCCACCGCUCUCCAGCUCCCGGCCAUCUCAAGCUAGCUCAAACACGCAACGGAGAUACAGUAAAAGAGGACGGAUUGAGAACAGGAAGAUGGAGGUGGAGAUGCAGCUGGACGACGACGUCUUCUUCGCGGAGCUCAGCAAGCGGAUUUCGCUCCUCAUCACCGACGACGACGAGGCCGAUUUCGGCUCCGCGCAGUUCCCCGCCUCUCUGCCCGUUCCGGGUUUCUCCAUGGCGCCCCAUGUGCCGCAGGGGGCUUCGAUGUUGGCGCCACCGGCCUACACGUUGUUCCACCACGCCGCCAGCUACGGCGCCGCCGCCGCCAACAACAACAACAAUAGCGCCGCCGGUGACAUUGGCAGAGCGUGGCAGCAGCAACAACAACAACAGUGCGGCAGCAAGGGCACCGGCGUGUUCAUCCCCCGGUCCACGUCCGGCUCGGCGCACUCUAAAAGGAAGGGCAGAAACUGGAGCGGCGGAUCCAAGGCUGCCGCCCACAAGGCGCGGGCGGCGGCGGCAGCGCAGACGGAGGCCGCCGCUGUCGCAGCAGGCACGUCCGCAAAGAGACGUGCCUGAUUGUGACUAGCUACUCAUAAAAUGAUCAAGAAGGCAAAAAAAAAAAAGCAACCGAUUAACUAGCUCCAGGUGCAGAGAGUUCUCUAAGGGAUUGGAUUAAUUAAUUAAUAUGCUUAAUUAUGUAGCAUUAUUACAUUAUUAUAUGGGUAAAUAAACAUUGUUGCUCCCAGGGUUAAGUGUGUAAUGUAAGAGCCCUAGGGAGGCAGGGGAGGAGGAGCCGGGAGCACCACACUAAUAAGCUGUUUUUAGAGAGUACUGCCCCUCCCAAAUUGAACUGUAUGUAUAGUAUGCUGUCGUCCAUGUGGUGCUGCCGUGGUUUUCUUGGCUGUAUUAAUUAAUAAAUAUUUUUUGUGUUUUUCCUUC